GCCCGCGCUACUGGCCUUGCAUGCAUACACUGUACCAUAAUAAAAUGUCACUUUCGUAGGAAACGGUAGAUGUAUUGCAUUUGAUACCUGUGAAUGUACCAGCGGCUGGUCUGGACCAAGUUGUUCAAUCCACGACUGUAACAUAGUUAACGAAUGUUCCAAGAAGGGCCAAUGUGUUGGGCCUAAUGUUUGUCAAUGUUUUGGGGGAUACGAAGGAUUUGAUUGCAGUAUUUUAUUGGAUUGCUCUCAUUUGAACAACUGUAGUAAGAAUGGAAUAUGUGUGUUUAACAAUGACGUGACAGGGGACACAAAUAUUUGCAGGUAAACCAUUUAUAAUAGUCAGUCGAUCUAUUUUUCUCUCUGCAUGGGCAUUUGCAUAUCUUUCUGUCUGUCUGUUUGUCUUUACAUCCGUAUAAAAUUAAUAUCUCUCGUCUGCACCCUUUUUUGUACGUUGAUAGCAUGCAUAGACCCAUGCAAUGACAUGCACGAAUGUUUAUACGCCAUCAAAAACCGACGAAUUAUUUCAGAUUAAAGUUUCGUCGAGUUUUUUUCCAAAUAAUAGGCCGUUUGCUGUGGCCUUGAAAAGUGCCUAGAAAACGCUUUCCGUAGUGCAUGUCUUGGAACUGAAAUAUUUUUACGGGAACUAACACUGUCGAACACGCUGAGUUCAAAUCCGAAAAGUUCCCGCUCCGUAGACCUUGCGUUUUCUAACAAACUGCUAUUUUAUUUUCUCUAAUUUCACGACUAACUUUUUCUUUGUUCAACCACACGGAUGGAUGAUGACACACGAAUGCAUAACUCAAAAUGACUAGUUCCUAUGAACCAGUCUCCACAUUUGACAAAGGACCGUUGUGCUUGGAUCAUUUUGAGUUAUGUAAUUUUAAGCGCGUUGGACGUAAACAACAAAUCUUGUCUACAACUUUGGGAAGGUGCCUGUAUCGCUUUCUAAAAUUCUCAGUUUUGGCUCUAUCUCUAUAAAAUCAAUCACAAUCACACUUAACAUUAGUUAAGUCUUUGGGCUAUGUCUCUGGACUAAGAAAGAAUUCCUUGGCAUGCGAUCAAAAUUUUUAUACCGCGAUGUAAAACGGUAAUCUUAUGUAAUGGGUCAGCAUUCGAAUUUUCAACACAGUUUCUGAGACGUAAUUCAAGAGGUAACUUAUCAUUGCAUUUGAACUAUUAUAUCAGUUGGUGUCAUUCUGCGCGAUAAGCGAAUAUUACCGGAAAAAGGGCUUAUAUACACAAUAAUAUAAAUAAUAAUAUAUACGUUGAAAUCACCAAAUACACAGCUCAUGCAUGGACACAUUUCUCUACUUCGUCGUAAGUUUACAGAGCAGAUUUUAUACUUUCGUACUGUUCUUUGUCUUUAAUGUGUACAUUUAUUCUUCUAGUUUAAGGUUAUUUGUGAUUGAUCCUGUCGUAAGUUUCAACCAGCAACCCAUCGACAAUAUUUCAUGUUAGCCGUUGUCUUUGCCGUUACUUUGGCUUUGCGUUACUGCAUGUUGUUUUAAAUACCAUGAUUGUGCUAAACGAGCUAUUUAUCAAGCCAGUGACAUAGCCAAAAGACUUAGCAUUAACGUCCUUGUGAUUUUAUAGAGAUAUCGCUAGAACUGUGGAUGCUAGAUAGCGUUAUCUGUACCAUCCAAAAGUUGGAAACAAUAUAUGUUCAGUUACGUUCAACACGCAUAAGAUUACAUAACUCAAAAUGAUUUGAGCGAAACGGUCUUUUGUUAAAAGGAAGACUAGUUAAUAGAAAUUAGUCCGUUUGAGUGACAUAAGAGUGUGUCAUAUCGUCCGUCCGUGUCAUUGAACAAAGAAAAAGUUAGUCGUGAAAUUAGAGAAAGUAAAAUACUAGUUUGUGAGAAAACGCAAGACCUACGGCUACGGAGCGGGAACUUUUCGGAUUUGAACUCAGCGUGUUUGAAAGUGCCAGUUCCCGUAAAAAUAUUUCAGUUCCACCACAUGCACUACGAAAAUGAACGAUAUCGGGACGCAGCAAACGGCCUAUUGCUCCAAGUCUCUCUUUCAUUGUCAUAUAGUAUCGAUCCACUAUAGUGUACAUUACAUGACGUGGCAUGGAGAGGUGGACCGAGAAAGAGAGACUUGUCAACUUCGGAAAAUCUCGGUUCAAAACUGAACCAAAAAUACGAGCCUUGCUCUAAUUGUUUUUCUUCAAUUUCUUUCUGUAUUAUUUACUAUAAUGGAACUCAUGUUAUUUACACUGUGCUAGAUGAAUACAUAUAAACACUGACAGAAAACAAUUAAAGCAAGCCUUGCAUUUUCGGUUGAGUUUUGAACCGAGAUUUUCCGAAGUUGACAAGUCUCUCUUUCUCGCUCCGCCCUCCGUACUACGUCAUGUAAUGUACACUAUAGUGGAUCGAUACUAAAUGACAAAAGAGAGACUUGGAGCAAGUCUAAGCAUAACCAUGGAUGCUCGCCAUGCAUUGUCUAGCGAUCGUAAAUGUAUCUAAAUUGAACUAGUGUUUACAUCAUUAUGUUCAAAUUUGUUUUGAUACUAAAAUGUAAAAUAUUUCCAUUACAAUCAAUUAACCUACCAAUGCCGUGGUGUUAUUAUUGUGCCAGAUACGUAUAAAUUAAAUUCGUCAAACAGGAUUGAUUUAUUUCGCAAAUAUAAUAAGCUAAAUAAAUAAAAAACGCCAAAAAUAAUCAGGGUUGCAUAACAGCAUCUUCAAGUGCAAAAUGCCUGUUUUAGCUAUCUAAUAUGUGCUCUAACAACCAUCAGAAUACAAAUAAUUUGAUAUACAUUAAGUUUGCCACCAGCCAACUUGACCGGUAAAAAUUUGGCAUUUUCCAACAUGUAUAUAUGCAUGCAUGUCAUUGUUAAUGGUAUACUCGGGUUUUAUCAAUCAUGCGAUGAACUGAAUUAGUACAUCAACUUGUUGGGCUUGUUUUUCAUUUAGCCUAUUUCAGACUUUUCCAAUUUGUCACGCUUUAAACCCUCAUUUUUACGAGCAAGCCAUUUUAAAUGCAGUUGGCAAUGUUUAAUUGCACUGAUGCAAUCGCGUAGAUAAGCUUCGUAUAUGGAAUUAGACUCUUAUAGUUCAUUGAUAUUCUGCAUUAUUGCAAAAAUGUUGAAUCUUCAGAUCUUCUACUACUUUGUAUAAACUGCUGUUUUUUUAGUUGCUACCUGGGUUUUGCUGGAUCCAACUGCAGUCAGUAUGAUUGCUCAGACGUCAAUGAUUGUUCUGGAAAUGGCGCAUGCAUGGAACCUAAUCUUUGUUCGUGCAGCUCAGGCUUUGAAGGCGCAAUGUGCUUGGAUUUAUCGUGUGAAACACGAAGUCGUUGUUCAGGUCAGUGCAAGACGUUUUAUAUACGCCGGCGAUACAACAACUUAACCCUUAUGUGUUGUGUAUUGUAACAAUACUAGCUAAUUAUGCUAACUAUGCUUUUUGAAACAAAAUAAAAGUAUUUUUCCACGGUAUUCUCAAAUUGAAAAUUAAAACGCAACUAUAUAAAUUAUAUGUAACAUAAGCAAUCUUGAAUGAUAUUUUCAUACAGGAAACGGAAUGUGUGUGGAUUACGAAAAAUGUCAAUGCAUUGAUAACUGGAUUGGUUUAUCUUGCGAAACUCCGACGUGUUAUGAUGUGAAUAACUGUUCAUCGAAUGGACUAUGUGUUUCUCCCAACAAGUGUGAAUGUUUUGAGCAAUAUGACGGUGUAAACUGCACUGAAGAGAUAGCUGUAAACCUCAAUACCCCUAUAUUCUUAAACGAAUCUUACGCUGCAGUCGUGUCUGAAAACCGAGGGAAAGGUUUUGUUAUAUUGACAGUGUCUGCAAAUGAUUCCGAUCACGGACGGAGCGGGGAAAUUUCUUAUUCAAUCGAAGAAGAAAACAUUGCGAAUUUGUUCAUGAUUAGCCAAGACAGCGGGGAGAUCACAGUUGCUGCUGACGGUGUUUUGGACUACGAAAGUAUUUCUCAAAAACAAUUUACAUUUACGGUUGGCGCGAUAGAUAAUGGAAUCCCAACCCGAAGUUCUGAAGCGACAGUUACGAUUGCUGUGAAAGACGAGAACGACAAUUGCCCUGUAUUUAAAACAUUUCCAGGAAAUUACAAAAUACCAGUAGAAAUUCUGGCAAAUGACGACGAUUAUGGAGAUAACGGUCAGAUACAAUACUCUAUUACAGAGGAAUCCGAUCCAGAUCAGAAAUUUUUCAUAACUUCAAAUGGCACCCUUUUAGCGAACAGCAUUCUUCGACCUGGUGCUUAUUUGUUGACCAUUGUAGCGCAAGAUCAAGGCGUUAUACCAUGUGCUCGAGAACUAAGUUUGACUGUUGUUGUUGAUGUAAUUGUUUCUCCCAACGUUCUGCCAACCACAACUUUAAUCAGCACUGAACCAGCGUCCGUAAUGUCAAGUACCAUUGGUUUACAACAAUCCUCAUCACUACAAUCAAGUACCAUAGUUCCUGAACCAUCCUCAUCACUACAAUCGAGCACCAUAGUUUCUGAACCAUCUUCGUCACUACAAUCGAUUACCAUAGUUCCUGAAUCAUCCUCGUCACUACAAUCGAGUACCAUAAUUCCUGAACCAUCCUCAUCACUACAAUCGAGUACCAUUGUUCCUGAACCAUCCUCAUCACCACAAUCGAGUACCAUAGUUCCUGAGCAAUCCUCAUCACUACAAUCGAGUACCAUAGUUCCUGAGCCAUCCUCAUCACUACAAUCGAGUACCAUUGUUCCUGAACCAUUCUCAUCACUACAAUCAGUACCCUAG